AUGCGGGAGGCGCUGCGCGGCCGCUCGGGCAACCGGCCGCCCCGCCACGGGGACGGCGACAGCGACGGCGACGGCGCUGGCCCCGCCAUGGGGCCGCCGGGCUGCGGCUGGGCCCGCACCCGCGCCGCCCUGGCGCGGCUGGAGGCCGCCCUGCGCUGCUCCCGCUGCGGCAGCGUCCUGCGGGAGCCCGUGUCCCUGGGGCGAUGCGAGCACGUCUUCUGCCUAUCUUGUGUGGGCGACUGCGUUGGCAGAGAAUGCCCCGCGUGCCACACGCCAGCCUGGGUACAAGAUGCGCAGAUAAACCGGCAACUCGAUAACAUGAUCCAGCUCUGCAGCAAACUGCGGCAUCUGCUGGGGGAGGACGCCUCAGAUUCAACACAAGUUACAUCUGCACAACCAGGCCCUGAUUGUGAAGCAAAGGGUAAGAAGGAACAGAUAAAGAUGUGGUUCAGCCCAAGAAGCAGGAAGAUUAGAUGCACCCUGAGCAAGAGACAGCCAGUAACUAAAAGCAAUAAUGUUUGUGAAGAUCCCUCUUCAGUUUAUCAUUUCUUUCCUUCCCCUCCUCAUGAGAAGCCUCCUAAGCAGGUCAAAAAGCCAACACACAAACUGAGUAAGAAGAUGAAGAAGAAGCGUCUAGCAGACAUCAACAAAGUGUGGGGCUUCCAGAAACUUAAGCAGAAAGGAGAAGUUGAGCAGAUCUGUAAUAGGGAAAAGUGUGUGACAAUUUGUAGUCAACCAGUAACCCUGUGUACCCCAGAACCAAAUAGCCCUGAGGAGUCGCUUCAGCAGGAAUCAGUAAAAGAUUCCAGCAGAAAUAUGGAAAAUCUGAGAAUAUCCCCACAGGUAAGAUUCUCGGAGAAGAAAGUUAUCAAUGCGGAUGUGUGUCCCGCACAAGGCAGCAAGGAAGAAGUUUGUGUUCCAGAGAAACCACUGUCAGUAGUAAAUGAAGCCACUCCUUUAAAACGUGGAAGGGAGCAGGUCAGGUUUCCAGUUACUUCAGAGUCUAAAAGACCAAGAAGAUCCGAGAGGAUCCUUACUAGGAGUUCAGGCAGUCAAGAGUCUUGCUUAGAGGAGUUGCCUCAGGGCUCUCCCAUCUCCCUGCUGUCUGAAAGCCUAAGUCCAGUUCGUGUUUGUUCCUCUGUAUCAAAACGCCCUGUUGAUACUAUAAUGAAGACAAGAAGCUCUGCACACUCCCAAGAGAUAAACAGUCCUUCACUUUCAGAAGUUCCUUCUACUCCAUCUACUUCCAAGACUUGUAAUCAGAUAGGAAUACCACCCAGUCCUUCUGUGUUGAAGUCUCCUGGUAGUAACAUGAUCACCAGAAGAAAUCACAAAGGGGAGACUUUGCUCCAUGUUGCUUCCAUCAAGGGUGAUUUAGCGGCUGUUGAACAGCUACUAAAAAAUGGAGCUGAUCCUAAUGUCAAAGACAAUGCUGGUUGGACACCACUGCACGAGGCAUGUAACCACGGGCACAAGGAGGUGGUGGAGCUGUUGCUGCAGCACAGAGCACUGGUGAAUACUACUGGCUAUCAGAACGACUCCCCACUUCAUGAUGCUGCCAAGAACGGGCACGUGAGCGUGGUCAAGCUGCUGCUUUUGCAUGGUGCAUCCCGUGAUGCAGUUAAUAUAUUUGGUUUGCGGCCUGUGGACUAUGCGGAAAGUGAAAAGAUGAAGUCUGUGCUACAGUUACCAAUGAGAAAUGCAUCACUGCCACUUAACCAACCCUCUGAGCCAAUGAGCCCUAGCCAGCCAAGGGAGGGACCUCUUGGUAUUCUUGGGAGCAAUCUUAGUUCAGAGCAGCAGAAAUUGCUGAAUAAGCUAGCAGCAGCUCUGAAGGCUCGAAGAUGUACUGAAUUUAACAGCACAGUAACUCAUCUUGUUGUCCCUGAUGCUCCAAUGCCGAGCACUGUCAAAUGCAUGAUGGCUGUUUUGACUGGAUGCUGGGUUCUCAAGUUUGAAUGGGUACGAGCCUGUCUGCAAACCAAGGCGCGAGAACAAGAGGAGAAGUAUGAAGUCCAAGGCGGCCCACAAAGAGGCCGGCUCAACAGGGAACAGCUGCUGCCAAAGUUGUUUGAUGGCUGCUACUUCUAUUUUUUGGGAUCCUUCACCCGUCCCCAGAAGAGCGAUCUUUCAGAGCUGGUCAAAGCAGCAGGAGGGCAAGUCCUAGUUCGGCAGCCGAAGCCCGAGAGCGAUGUGACGCAGACGGUCAACACGGUGGCCUAUCACGCAGAACCCGCUUCUGACCAGCGAUUUUGCACGCAGUACGUCAUCUACGACACAGCUUCUAAAUUCAAGCCAGAGAAGAUUCGUCAGGGUAAGGUGUGGAUGGCCCCCUCCAGCUGGCUCGUGGACUGUGUGAUGUCUUUUCAGCUGCUGCCGGUAAAGUGAUUAUCCCUGUAUCAUGUGCAAGGCUGCGUGGUGAAUGAGGAGCGGUUGGAAAACAGUUUGACACUGGCCUGUGUUGAGGGUAGGGAGAGUUGAAGCUAUGAUUCAUCUUUUGCACUUAGGAAUACAGCAGAGCUUAGAUUACUUCAAAUGAUUUACGAAGAUCACUGAUGUGUUGAAAUAAAUGAACUUGCUGUGGAGAAAAGAUGUAAAGCUACUGCAUUGAGAAAUGUGCCUUCAAUUAUCUAGUAAGCUUUAUUUUACAUUUAACAUCACUGCAGUGAUCAGUGACAUACUUUCUAACAAAAACUUUACAAAACCAGACCUCUUUGAACAUCCUUGGUUUGAAACGAGCCCUUCAUAGGCAGUAGAGCAUGACCACAUUCCUCGUGCAUCUACUGUGUGUUGACAAGGAUCUACCGUGCAUGUCAAGAUCUCUCAGGCCAAAAUUCCUAUUUUAAAGGAAAAAAAAAACCCUUUAUGCUUUUGAAUCUAGUCAUUUGCAUAUAUAGAUGUCUCUUCUGUUGGGCAGCAGUUAAUUUCCUUAGUAAUAUUUCACAGCUGAGCAUGGCAGGGAGACCUUGUCAAAAUGCCAUAGGGUAAGCUCAGUGGAAAUUAAAGUAGAACUAGUGGCCUGAAGUCGUAUGACAGUAGAUGGUUUUUGAAACUCUCUCUAAAAUUUUUAAUCUAAAUUUAGUUAUUUGUAGCAAGAGUAAUGCUUUAUCCCCCCAAAGCAUCUCCCUUCGCACUUGCAAAUGUAUAGCCUGUGUAAGAGUCUCUUUUCUGAAUGUUUUAAAGUAUUGGAUUCUCUAUAAUCAGAAAUGCUUCUGUAAGUACAGAUGAUUGAUAUCAUGGUUAAUUUGGAAAAAAAAAUAUAACGACCACAAAAAAAACCCAUGCUUCACUUUUUGCACAGUUGUACUAGUGUAUCUGGCUACUUUCAAGUGAUGGUUGAUUCUUGCUUAUCUGUAAUAAUCAAUUUUUAAUUCUUUCUAAAUAACUUAUUGUCAGAAUCUUUCUCCUUUUUCAUAAGAACUGUCUGUUCUUAUGUCAUAUAAUGGCUUUCUUGUGUGUUGCCUUAGUUUUGGAACAGAUAACGUGGAUAUGGGGUCUUGUAACGAUGAUUAUACAAUGAGAAUGAUUGUGGGAUAAAACCAAGAUUUUUGUG